CAGCGAUUAUUAGGCCCUUUUCCCUCAGAAGAUGGCUGCCGAGCAGAUUCCGCUGUUUACCAUUCCGUUAGAUGUUGUUCAGGACUCGGCUGGCUAUCACACAAGAAACGAGCCUGGGGAGCGGCAACGCCAGAAUAUCAUCGAUGAUCUUUGCUCAGGCUUCUUACUCCAGGCUACCCUACAGGGUGCUGUUCAUGGCACGCUCACGCCAGGAGGUGACCCAGCCACUCUGCUUGUCAUGCAAUUCUACUUCCAGGGGCAUACGGCGAAGAGACGCUUUCGGACGGCCGAGAUCAAGAUUAGAUUUGCCGAUCAGGAAAGCCCCCUUUACGCGGAUCCAGAGGUCAUGGGCCUUUGGCCACAGGGCGACUUCAGCUUCAACCCAUCUGAGGUGGACAUGAACGACAGCAAAGGUGGAUCGGCGACAAUAACCGGGGCCCCCCUGGCGUUCAGCUGGGACUCAGUGGAAGCUGGACACAACGUCGUGCGUAUCACAUUGGAAGAGAAUGGCGAUCAAAAAGAGGGGAUUAUCCCCAGCAUAUCGACCGCCAUCUUACUAAAGCGCAAGGCUGCAGACGCUUGCUUUACUGCUCAGGUAGAAGUUCAGGCACAGGCAGAUAUCAGAUAUGCUACAGCCAUGAGGAUCAGGGAUCUUUCCGGAAACAGCCCUGUUAAUGAUCCCGUGGUCUUCGACCCCAAUUGUCAGCCGACCAUGGCUGUCAAGGAUGCAUCACACUUGGAAGGUGAAAAGCUGGAAUCAUUUGUGACAGCUACCUCCACCACUGUGCUUCCAACCAUCAAGAAUGUGGCUGGGGUCUAGUAAAAGGGGCUAUCUCUCUCACUAAGCACUAAUCAUGCACGCUAAGGC